UAAGCUCGAGCUCCUCCCCACUGCGAAAGUGUGUAUCCGCCCAAAACUCUGCGCUCUCUGCCCCCCCUCUCUCCGACUCUCCCCCCGAGAUCCCAUCCAUGGGGGUCUCCGCGGCUCGCCUCCGGGUCUGAGCCCGUCCAGCUACCACGGGAUCCUCUUCUGACGCUUCCGCUCCGCUGUCCGACGGCCGCACGGUUCUUUGCCGUCCAAGAUUCGCCGCUCAGUUUCUUGGGGUCGGUAUAGUGGGUGGUCGGUAGUUGUCCGUGGCCCUGCCAUGGAUUGUUGAAAGGGUCUUUGAUGCCAGCGGUGGGCACCCGCACUCUGCUGUAGCCACCGCCGCCAUGUGGAAGCAGUUUCUUGGCAAGAUCUCACAGAAGUCGCCCAAAUCCGGCAGCGGCGGCCGAGGCUCGCCGCCGCAGAAGUCCCCGCCGUCGUGUGGAGCCAAUGGGGCUGAAGCGGAGCUGAGAGCGUCGCCUCCGCCGCAGGCGUCGGCCGUCGCCGCGGCGCCUGGGUCGGAGACCAGGGAGGACGUGUUCCUCCGCAAGCUCAACAUCUGCUGCGUGGUGUUCGACUUCGCCGCCGAGCGGGGGAGGGACUCGCCGGAGGUGGAGAGGAAGCGGCAGGUGCUCGUGUCCCUCGUCGACUGCGUCUCCGUGGCCGAGGAGCCCCUCACGGAGGCAAUGAUCUCGGCCUGCGUCCGCAUGUUCGCCAUCAACCUCUUCAGGGUCUUCCCGCCCAAGCUCCACUCCGGCGGCGCCACUGAUGAAGACGAGCCAUUCUUUGACCCCUCCUGGUACCACCUGCAGGUCGUGUAUGAGCUGCUGCUCCGGUUUGUGAUGUCACCGGUUGUUGAUGUGAAGGUCGCUAGGAAGUACAUGGACAACUCAUUCAUCUCUAGGCUUCUGGACCUGUUCGAUUCUGAUGACCCUAGGGAGAGGGAAUGCUUGAAGACAGUCUUGCACAGGAUAUACGGAAAAUUCAUGGGCAAUAGGCCAUUUAUCCGCAAGGCGGUGAGCAACAUCUUCUACAGGUUUGUGUUUGAGACGGAUCAUUACAAUGGGAUUGCUGAGCUGUUGGAGGUGUUUGGGAGCGUGAUUAGUGGUUUCGCAAAGCCGCUGAAGGAGGAGCAUAAGUUGUUUCUGUGGAAGGCGUUGAUUCCGCUUCACAAGCCAAAGACAGUUGGGGUGUAUUUGCCACAGUUGACAUACUGCAUUACACAGUUUAUUGAGAAGGAACCAAAGCUCACAGGGAUUGUUAUUAGAGGCCUCCUGAAGUACUGGCCGGUGACAAACAGUCAGAAGGAGAUGAUGUUCUUGGGAGAGUUGGAGGAGGUGCUGGAAUUGACAGAAAUGGCUGAUUUCCAGAAGUGUGCCGUUCCCUUGUUUCGCAGGAUUGCACAAUGCCUGAAUAGCUCUCAUUUUCAGGUUGCUGAAAGGGCCUUAUUCCUGUGGAAUAAUAAACAUUUGUUUGACCUGAUUUCCCAAAACCGACAAGUUAUCCUGCCAAUCAUAUAUCCUGCUCUGGAAAGGAAUGCUCGUUGGCACUGGAAUCAGUCAGUUCUAAAUGUAACAAUGAAUGUGAGGAAAAUGUUCUUUGACAUGGAUGAGAGAUUGCUUCUGGCUUGUGAGACCAAUUUCCAAGAGGAGGAAAAGAGGCGAGCUGCAUCUGAGGAACAAAGAAGGCUUGUAUGGGAGCGCCUCGAAAGGAAUGCCACAUUUCAAUCAUUAACCGGAGACAUAGGCUUUGCAGUUUCUCCUACAUCUGCUCCUCUGGUAGCUGCUGCUAUGACAUGAAUAGUGAUGGACUCAGAUAUAAUUCAUAAUUCACUCUGCUUGAUCGUUAGCUAGCUAUGGGUAUUUGGUGUUGCGCAAGGAAUUUUGUUGCCUUUGUAAGACCCUUGUGCCAAAGUCUGUAAUUAAUAGUUGCUUGUUUGACAACAAAUGAUUGAUCCUUCGGUGUACUCUCAAGUUAUGGACAUAUCUGUCUGUCUCAAGAUAUUGGCCAGUUCUACUUGACUGGUGGGGGUGUGAAAGUGAUUUAUUUUCUUGGCAAAAUUGAGUGAAUUAUGAUGGAUCUACGAAAAUGUCAGAGUUGAUGGAAAGAGCAUGCAAUGAGGCAAUUUGAGGAAUAUAAGAUAUUAGCACAAUACUGCUUCCGUCUUUAAAUUUUCUGUACCACACAGGGCACUCGGAAGGUGCCUGGAACGGCCGACAUGUUGCAAGUUGGCCAGCUGAAUGCCCUAUAAAGAAGGCUUCAUAUCCACACAUAUGAUUAACACACCCUCUAUACAGCUCCCUGCUUUGUUCAGAGCCCCUUUCCUUUACUCCUUGCAUAUUUUAGAUACUUGGGCAGUGAGCUCCGUCAGGCAAACAAGAUGUAUAACCCUCCCAGUACACAGGAGAUGUCCUACUACGAUCAUGUUCAGAAGCGCCAUGAGGAGAAAGGCUGCCUAUAUGCAUGCCUGUUCACUUUGUGCUGCUGCUUCUGCUGCUACGAGACCUGCGAGUGCUGCAUCGAGACCAUCUGCUGCUGCUGCUAGUCCAGCUCGAGGGCACAGGGCACACCCAUCACGGAGAUGUGGCCAAGCGGGACACUCAGCGCUGUCCCAACAUGGGCCAUGGACCAUGGUUAUCAAUAAAAUGCUGUGCUUAUGCAAGUAUGUUGAAAACGUAUUAAUGCCUGUUUGAUGUCAUGUUCGUGUGUCGGUGUGCGUGCAUAUUUGCACUGAAAAUGUUUUGUAAAAUUCUGUUAAUCUGCUGUAUCUUGUUCAGAUGAAUGCAUUGUUUGUGAUUCUGCUGUAUCAAACUGAAA